GCCCACCCCCACUAUCGCCGCCCACCCCCCACCGUCACUGCCGCCCACAAUCCCUCAAUCUCCGCCACAAUUGCCAAUCCCAUUAGGCUCGCCUCAAAAUCUAAGAUCUAAAAAGACUGAGUAAUAAAGGGGAGAAGAAAAACAUAUGCCCCGUCGUCCCUAGCCCCACUAUCACCACCGAUCCUACAAUCGCUUCCAUGGCCACCGUCAUAUCUGGUGCAGAUCGGUUGUAGAUCUGGGAGUCAAUCAAACAUGAGAAUGAAGGGUAAGAAGAAGAAAAAGAAGGAGCAAUAUUGGAGAAAAAAGAGGGCCGAUUAGGGAAGAAAAAAGGAGAAGAUCCGAUCCGAAGAAGGAUUUAGAGAUUUAAAAAAAGCCGAGAAAAGAGGGGGAGAAAAGAGAAGGGAGAGAAGAAAGAAGGAGAAGAGGUGGAGAGAGAGAUCCAGAGAGAAAGAGAAAGGGUGGAAGAAGAUAAGAAAGGAGUGGGGGAGAAGAAAAGUUGAAGAAAUGUCAGGAAUUGGG